AUGCGCAAAUCUUACUCGUUAAUUUCUGAAGCAUUCCAGCAUAUGAGUUCCGGAGAUUACGAGAGAAUGACAGAAUGCGAAAUUUUAAAAGCACUAGCCGACGAACGGCUGGAUGUUAGUAGUAAAGAAGAAGAAGCUCUAAUAACCAAUUGGAUAGCAAAAAAUCCAAAAAAUAAUGAGCGUAUGACCAAAUUAAAAGCUGAUGGACUUCUGCGUAAAGGAACAGAUUGUCGAUUAGGACCAGUUGUACGGGAUAGGAUACCAAGAGAGAUAAUUCUAGCUAUAGGUCGUAGGUUUAUAUAAUU